GCAAGGCGAGCGAGCGGCCGACCUGCCGCGCACCGCGGGCGGCUGCGGCUCUCCCCGCGCGCCCCCCAGCCCCGGCCCCCCGGACGCGCGCCCGCGCCGCGCCGCGCUCGGCGUCUCCUCGGGGCACCCGGAGCCAUGGAGCCGGCCCCGGGCAGCGAGCGCCGCAGCCCCCCCGGAGCCCCGCGCCCGGCCCCGCGGGCCCCCGCGCCCGCCCCGGGCCCCGCGCCGCCGGACGAGGAGCGGCCGCCGCGGCUCAGCGACAGCGGCCAGUUCAGCGACGGGCCGGAGGACCGAGGUUUACUGGAAAGCAGCACCCGGCUGAAACCUCAUGAAGCCCAGAACUACAGGAAGAAGGCAUUGUGGGUAUCCUGGUUCUCCAUCAUUGUCACCCUGGCUCUGGCAGUGGCCGCCUUCACUGUCUCCGUCAUGAGGUACAGCGCCUCUGCCUUCGGGUUUGCUUUUGACGCCAUCCUGGAUGUACUGUCCUCGGCCAUUGUCCUGUGGCGUUACAGCAACGCGGCCGCCGUGCACUCUGCUCACAGGGAGUAUAUAGCCUGUGUCAUCUUGGGGGUGAUCUUUCUUCUGUCAUCUAUAUGCAUAGUGGUCAAAGCCAUCCAUGACCUUUCAACAAAGCUGCUCCCUGAAGUGGACGAUUUCCUGUUCAGUGUCUCCAUUUUAAGUGGGAUCCUUUGCAGUGUCCUGGCCGUGUUGAAGUUCAUGCUGGGGAAGGUCCUGACGAGCAGAGCUCUCAUCACAGAUGGGUUCAACUCUCUUGUUGGGGGCGUGAUGGGCUUCUCCAUCCUUCUGAGUGCGGAAGUGUUCAAACACAACGCGGCAGUCUGGUACCUGGAUGGCAGCAUUGGGGUCCUGAUUGGUCUCACCAUCUUUGCCUACGGGGUCAAGCUCCUCUUCGACAUGGUGCCUAGAGUGAGACAGACGCGUCACUACGAGAUGUUUGAGUGAAGGCGGCGGGAGGGGCGCAGAGACGCCCCAGCGGAAGUGUCACGUGACCGGAGGUUUCCACGCAGGCAGACGGUGCCAAUAUUUAACUGCACAUCCAGUUUCAUUUUGGGAAGUUUUCGUUUAUGGAGUCCUUGACCAUGGGAUGAGGUCCGCCUGGAGGGUGGACCCGUCCGACAUCCUCACCCAGUCGCCCACCAUCCAACACGUUAGGACGAUGUUGCCCACAGGAGGGGCCGCCAUGCUUCCCCAUCUUGAGCCGGAAGUGACGUUUUCUAUUUCCUGGAGUCAAGCGGUUCUUGAAAGCAGGCUAGGGUCUCUGUGCAGCUGUCGCCUCCUCCUGACACACGUGGCUAAGCCACCUCUAGAUUCACACUCUUCCCCUAGCAGAUUCCAUCAGAAAAUCACUUCCUAACUUCUGUCAGCCGUUUCAUACACUUACUAACCCCAACACUAAGCAAAUGUGUUCAGAAGGAGACCAUUUUAUUUUUCAAAGUGUUUAGUGACAUGAGCUUUGCAUGGACAAGCUACGUAAGCACACAGCCCUUUCUUCCACGUUCAGAACCUGCACAUCCAUGAGAACCCAGGACCCAUUUUUGAGAGAUGUGAAACUCUACACAUUUAUUUGUAAUAAAUAAUUGUACCCAUUACCUGAAUCUGCACCUCUGUAUGCUGUGCUGAGUGGACAUGCCGCCUCGGCCUGGGAGAAGCGGCUCCUCCAGAAGGAAGAAGAUGCCCUCAGUUCAUGCGACAUAGAAGUGCUGUAGACAUAGCCCAUUCCACGUGUUCCGUGGCUCCCACAGAGGGCAGCCAAUAAAGACCGUUACCGUUUGUAUGGAA